AUGACGACUUACAUACCCUCGCUCACCCUCCCCGACGCCGUGUUUAGCAGCCUACCCGGCUCUGUCCUGCUCCCUAUAGCCCUCGGUUCGGCAGCAGGCUGGAGCACAAGGCCCGAAAAGACCGAACGCCAACAACCUCCCCUAAAACAACCGCCUCUGCGGCCUCCAGCCGCCGUCUUCCCUCCCGUCUGGACGGCGCUGUACGGGCUGAUGGGUUAUGCCGCGCAUCGUGCCAUGUUCCUAGGCACCUCUCCUUUCAACAACAGCGCAACAAUCUCCGCCGCCCGCCAGGGCGCAACCCUGUACACCAUUCAAUUGGGUCUCAACCUGGCGUGGAUGCCGCUCUUUUACGGGCUGAACCGGCCCGUGCUGGCGACGGCCGACGCGGCCGCCCUGCUGGGCAUCAACGCCUAUCUCGCCUGGCUGUGGGGCACCAACGUCGACAGCCUGGCCGGCUGGCUGCUGGCGCCCUACGUCGCCUGGCUCGGCUUCGCGACAUACCUGUCUGCGGGCACGGGGUACCUGAACGGGUGGGACUUGAGCCGGGGCCGUGACGAGGUUGGGCCGGGGAAGAAAAAGGAAUUGUGA